AUGGAUGAGUUUGAAAUGUCUGAUCUUGGAAUGAUGCAUUAUUUUCUUGGCAUAGAAGUGGUACAAUCAAAUGCUGGUAUUUUUAUUUCCCAAAAGAAAUAUGUGGGAGAAAUCUUGUACAGAUUCCACAUGCAGAAUUGCAAUUCUGCAACAACUCCAGCAGCAUUUGGUUGCAAGUUGCACAAAGAUCAUGAAGGGAAAAAGGUUGACAACACAUUUUUCAAACAAAUUGUUGGCAGUUUGAUGUAUCUAACUGCAACAAGACCAGACAUAAUGUAUUUUGUGAGCUUAAUUAGCAGGAAGGGUACGAAGUCAAAUUUGUUGGGAUUUACUGAUAGUGAUUUUGCAGAAAAUCAAGAUGAUAGGAGAAGCACUUCGGGUUAUGCAUUCAUGUUUAGAACAAGUGUUAUUACAUGGUCCUCCAAGAAGCAACCGAUAGUCACUUUGUCUAGCACAGAAGCUGAACUUGUUGCUGCAACUGCUUGCACUUGUCAGGCAAUAUGA